AUGCCCGGCUCCUCGCUCCGCAAUGCCGUGCAGCGACGCAACCACAAGGAGCGGUCGCAGCCGGUCGGCCGGCAAAAGCUGGGUCUGCUGGAGAAGCACAAGGACUACGUGCUCCGCGCCAAGGAUCACAAUGUCAAGCAGCAGCGGCUCAAGCGCUUGCGCGAGAUUGCGGCGAUGCGGAACAAGGACGAGUUCAACUUUGGCAUGGUCCGGACCAAGACUGUCAAUGGCGUCCAUGUGCAGGACCGCGGCAACGAGGCGCUCAAGAACGACGUCGUGGCCCUGCUCAAGACGCAGGAUGCCGGCUAUGUGCGCCUGCACAUCACAAAGGAGAGGAGGAAGAUCGACAAGCUCAAGGAGAGGAUCGCCAUCGCUCUGCCCGGCAUGCGCGAGGAGUGGCUCGACGAAAAAGAGGGCAGGAAGCAGACGCUGCAGAGGGCUGGUCUGCUGAGGUCGGAGAAGGUCAAGGGCAAGGCCAAGGCCAAGGCAGACGAGGACGACUGGGAGCUCGAUUUGCUCGAUGGCAUCGACGACGACAUGGAAGGUGCAGCGGGAGCGGGGAGCCUCGUCGGUGGCAUGGGGAAGAAGACGGUCUGGCUGGACGACGUGGACCAGGCGCGAGCAUACGGGACAGCACCCGCAGCGACGGCACCGACAAGGACGGCCGCGCUACGGGACGACAUGGACGAUCUCGACGACGACGACGACGACGACGAUGAAGGCAGCAUCGGCGACUUCGGAUCUUCAUCAGAGGAUGACGCGACCGCACCUUCGGCAGCAUCAGCACGACGCAAGGGAGAGAAGCAUCUGGGCUACCUCGUCUCUGAGCUCCGCUCUCGGCAGGAGCGCCUCGACUCGCUCAGGGAGGCUGCUGAGAAACUCGGUCUGGUCAAGGCGCUCAUGACGACCAAGGGUCAGGCGGCGCGGCGACAGUCGUCGCAGAAGCAGUCGCUCACUGACGCUGUGGCGGCAGGCAAGAUGACCGCCAACGGCCUGGCCCUUCCUGGCAACGAGAGCGACGACGACGACGACGAGAAAGACGGCCGAGGCAGGAAGAAGCCCGUCAAGAAGAUGUUCAAGUGGAGCAAGGAGAGGAAGCGCUAG